AUGGCGGACAGAAAUCAUCAGCCCCAAAAACCCAUCACAAAUCGAAGAGACAAAUUCUCAUCCGACUCCAAUCAAUCCAAAUCCCACAACCCCAAACCUUCAAAUCCAAUCUCCAAUUGCAGAAACGACACCGUCUCUGCCCAUCAAGAUUUUCCCGCCCUAAUGGGUUCUUGCCCUUUCAUGUGCCCAGUGGAGGAGAGGAUAAGGCGGGAGAGGCUGCGUGAUUUGUCUGUGUUGGAGAGACUCCAUGGAAAUCCUGCUAAAACUUCACCCACUCUUGCUGUCAAAAAGUUCUGCAGAACUAUAAGCACAAGAGAAAUGCAAGCUUCCGAUUUACGGCCUAUACCGGUUUUGGAAAGCACUCUGAAUUAUCUUCUCAACUUGAUGCAUUCCGAAGAUCAUCCUUUUGAGGUUGUUCAUGAUUUCAUCUUCGAUAGGACAAGGUCCAUUCGGCAAGAUCUUAGCAUGCAGAAUGCUGUGGGCGAUCGGGUGAUACAUAUGUACGAGAGAAUGGUGAAGUUCCACAUCGUAUCGCGUCACCAUCUUCAAAGAUCUUGUGGGACCCCAAAUGCCGUGUCUUUAUAUCACCUCAAUGCGGAGCAGCUUAUGAAAUCUCUGACAACUCUACUUAAUUUGUACGAAGCAAAUCGAGCGGAUUCACAUUCUACAUUCCUCCAGAGUGAAGCUGAGUUCUAUUCGCAUUAUCUUCUUCUCCAUCUCGAUUCCAAAAACCAAGGUGAACCUUUAUCUUUGUGGCUCCGCCGAAUUCCUUCUCCCAUCAUGAAAUCAAGAGAGAUGCGUUUUGCCCGUCGAAUAUUAAGAUACUACCGCAUGGGGAACUACAAACGUUUCAUUCAUACUACGGAAAACGAGGCGUCCUUUCUGCAGUAUUGCAUUAUCGAACCUUACAUCAACGAGGUGCGGAUAUUGGCAUUGUCCUGCAUCAGUUACGGAGGAUACAAGAUGCAAGCAUAUCCACUGGUGCAGUUAUCGAAGAUUCUGAUGAUGGAGGAAUCGGAAGUUGAAAAUUUUUGUACCGAUUGUGCUCUUGAAACAUCUAGUGAUGGUGCAACUGGAAAGGGGCUCAUGUCCACCAAGCAAUUAGUCGUAAAUAAAUUCUCGAGUGGGCCCCACAAGUACUAUCCAAUGAAUUCAGAACGGGUACAUAGGUUAUAUGCUGAGCUACCCGAGUUGUAAUAAUUGCAAAUAUGAUUGUAUUUACUUUUCAAUGGGAUACGUUAGACAAAACCGCUGAUCCCUAACAGAAAAUUAUGAGUCACAUACAAAGAAGUAUGGUCUUGGCUUGGGGAAGAUGACUAAAGCUCUUACGUAAUUUUGUGAACGGCGGAACCUUGUUUGUUUUCGAUUACAGGAAAGAUAACUUAUCCAAC